AGAAACCAGAAUCCUUCUUCCCAGAGUGAACCUGCAUGCCUUCUUCUCAAUGCCAGCUACAAGCACUGAGGGAAACAUGAAGCCGAGUCAAAUCCCCUGACUUUCCCACUUACAGUGCUCUCAGUCACCAAGCAUCUGUCUGCUUCCCAGACUUGUGAGGGAACCUAGAAAGGUCAGUAGAGUCGCAAGCAAGCAGAUUUGAAGCUGACCACAGACAUAAAAGAGACUCAUUGAAAUCGGCCAAACCCAAGGUGACUGAAGUACACACAAAGUGCCAAUGUUCCUGCUAGAUUGGCAGGAAACGUCUAAUCAAUAUAAAGGUGAUAUCUGUCAACAUGCAAGUCAGGAACUUUGCUAUAGCCUAGGCAGGGGCUCAUAAAGUGGAAACACAUCUAGCCCUCACCUCUAGGAGCCUACAUAAAGAAUGGUUAUUUUCUGCCAUGCCCACAGUUCUCAGACAUCAGCAGCAGCUGUCUGGAUGCACUAUAGACCAUACCUUUCAGCUGCUUGAGUUGGUUAAAAAUGCAUUAUCUCUUCACCAACAGGAUUCUGAGAGCAGAUAGAAUAAAAGAGGCUGCUCUGGCCGCACGAUGAACUUGAAGUAAUGAGGUCUAUAAGUUGACUUGAACAGACGGAAAUGAUAUUAAGCUUUCAUGGAGGACAAAUGAAAGUAUCUACCUGUAACGUCUCUGACAGGCAGAGACCCUUUGCCAUUUUAAACUCUGCUGCCGUGGUGCAUUAUUCCCAGGAAGCUGAGAGUUUAAUAAGACUUUGUGCAGACACCUCACCUGCCACUUCUGGCUGCCUGCUGGCAACCCUAAGGUUCUUGAUGUGGAGCUGACAAUCUGGGCAGACAUCAGGGCAAUAGAUUCCCGCAGACACGGGGACACAGGCUGGCACAGUAACAUCUGUCUGGUGCCCUCUCAUGCAUGCCAGUCCCAGAACGAUCUGAUUCACAGUCAGUCCCUACACUCAGGUUGGGUGUUUAACUCCAGACAUACUGAAUCUUCUGCACAUAAAGUACCGCCCUUUGCUGGGAUGUCAAGGGCUUCCUUGAACAAAUCAUGCCUGGUUUGUCCAGCGUUAACUCUCUUCACACCCUCUAUCCUGCCCUCCACUUACUAAGGUUACUGACUGGCUCCCCUUUCUCUCACUGGUGGGCUACAGCUCUUCAGCAGCUUUCUUUCCUCUCAGAGUCAGAUUGCAGCCUCCCUGCUUUUCUCUCUAUUGAGGAGAGUUGAUAACAAGGCAGGCUGUGUGGCUCCCUCCCGCUAGCAGCUGAGAGUAGGCUCAGCUCCCACUCCUUAGACCAGGAAUAAUCUGAAGUUACAGCUAGUCUUUACCAGUGCCUUCUGAUUUCUUCCACGCACGAUAGGUCAGACAUCAUCACGGGAAUGAAACUAGACCACCCGCCUCAGUAUCUGUGAAUCAGAAGGCUUUGUCCUCUGGUCCUGAAGGGUAUGUCCGUCCUUUCAGAUCUUAUUGUGUGACACCAUGCUGUUGCUUUCCCAGGGCUCUUCCUCUUGAGCAUGCUCAUGGUUGCCCAUGGUUUGAGGCUCUCACCUAAUAAAGCUCAUUCCAAGGGUAAUGCUGUGACAGCUCUUUUUUGUGAACCUGCAUUAAAUCUCUAACACUUACCUUCAUGUUAGUCAGUGGCUUUUACCUUGUUCAGGUGGCCCACCAUCUUACCUUCAAAUACAGACACCCACUGGCACUGCUCAUGGUACCCUUGAGGAAUGAUGCACAUCUCACUCCUCUAUAGCACGGGGUGCUUCAUACAGAACAAAGCUAACUUCUCUUGCUGUGUUUUCAGUUACAUGUUCCCAACCUCACCUACAGAGACACCGAGUCAACAGAGAAGUGUCCAGGACUCUGAUAUUCCAAAGAUCCAGAGACGCUGCUGAUUGGGAACCAUGUUGAAUAAUACCUGUUUCCAAUACAAAGAGACAAUGGACAUCUUUGUCCUUUAAGAAUUUUAUUAUAUAAUUAUAUCUUAAAUAUUUUCUUAUAACUUAAAAUAUCCAGACAUCUACAAAGCCACCUUCUGCAUGUGUUACAUUUGAGUUCUCUCUGAGACUGGUAACAGAACAGGCAGCCAUUUUAAUAGUCACAUUUGAAGGAGGGCAUAAAUACUUAUUGUACAGCAUUCGUUAAUAAGUUUAACAAAAAUUCUAAAAUCAAAGCAAACAAAAAUAUCUACAAAUACAAACAUAUAAAAUUCUAACAGCCAAACUUAAACAUCACUUGAAAGGCUCCCAAGGCCAUGGACAAAGGAUAAAUUUAUAACAAAUGUUUAUUUUGUCUGCCUAUUUAACUAAAAAUUUUUAAGUGUUUGACAGGAAAAUAUAAAGAUUGCUAGUGUUUUUAUAAUUAACUUUUGGAAAUAACUGAUUAACUUCCUAAAAUUCAGAUAUUAGGGCAUCUAUCUUUUUAAAAUUGUUAGUAAUGUUCUCAAUACAUUCUCCAGCUUUUAGUCCUGUCCCAUCCGUCACCAUACAGUCCUCUUCAUGGUAGCUCUGAGACGCACUGUCUGUGGGAGCUUCCAGGUGGCACUGAGACAGCUGCAAAAAGAGUCAUAUAGUGCAUAACAUCUGCAGAGGUCUGCUAUAUGGUUCAUCACAACUACAGAGGUCUGCUACACGGAUCAUCACAAUUACAGAGGUCUGCUAUAUGGGUCAUCACAACUACAGAGGUCUGCUAUAUGGGUCAUCACAACUACAGAGGUCUGCUAUAUGGGUCAUCACAACUACAGAGGUCUGCUAUAUGGGUCAUCACAACUACAGAGGUCUGCUAUAUGGGUCAUCACAACUACAGAGGUCUGCUAUAUGGGUCAUCACAACUACAGAGGUCUGCUAUAUGGGUCAUCACAACUACAGAGGUCUGCUAUAUGGUUCAUCACAACUACAGAGGUCUGCUAUAUGGAUCAUCACAACUACAGAGGUCUGCUAUACGGUUCAUCACAACUACAGAGGUCUGCUAUACGGGUCAUCACAACUACAGAGGUCUGCUAUAUGGGUCAUCACAACUACAGAGGUCUACUAUAUGGGUCAUCACAACUACAGAGGUCUGCUAUAUGGGUCAUCACAACUACAGAGGUCUGCUAUAUGGGUCAUCACAACUACAGAAGUCUGCUACACGGAUCAUCACAACUACAGAGGUCUGCUACACGGAUCAUCACAACUACAGAGGUCUGCUAUAUGGGUCAUCACAACUACAGCAGGCCUACUUGGUUACUGAGGAUCUUAAUUCUCCUCCAGAAGAGCAGUGCACACAGUUUUCUUUGUAAGUGGUCAGGUGAUAUGGUCUGUAUGUAGUAUGAAGUCUAUUAAACAUAUUUGUGUAAGGCUAAGUUGUUGCUUAAGUUCUGUCUCUCUUCUCCUCUUAUAUUUGUUAGCUUAUACCU